AUGUUCAUCCUAACCAAAUUCAAAUCCUCACUAACAACCUCACGCACCCUCACAACAACAUCACCCCCACCACGCAGAAGAAGAGUCCCAUCAAUCUACAAAUCCCUCGCCACCACCGAAACCCAAAAGGCCGUCACAGAGUACCUCCACACGACCCGCUCCCUCUCCUACUCCCACGCCGAACACAUCUCCUCCAACGCCACGUCAUCGAUCCGCAGCCUCAUCCUAAGCCUCGACUUCUCCGUGGCGACGUUCCCGAAAUCGAUCCGGAGGCAUCUCAGGUAUCACCCCAUCAACGAGUUCGAGUUCUUCUUCGAGAGUAUUGGGAUUGGUGUCAGGGAGGUUAAGGAUUAUUUGCCUGAGAGGAAGUACUUUUUUAGUGAGGAUCCGAGGGUUUUGGAGGCGGCUUGUGUUUUGUGUGGGUUUGGGUUUCCUUGGAAUAGGCUUGGGAGGGUUUUUAAGGAGGAAAGGUUUGUUUUUGAGGUGAGUGGGGAGGAGAUUGGGUUUAGGUUGGGGAGGUUGUGUGGGUUUGGGUUUAGUAAUGUGGCUGUUGUUGGGGUUUGUUUGGCGUUUCCGAGGGUUUUGUGUGGUUGUGGGGAGGAGUUGUUUGGGAAGAUGAAGAGGUUGUUUGAGGACUUUGGUUUUGUUGUGGAAGAGAGUGUGGAGGCUUGGUAUGAGUUUGGGAGGAAGGUUAGGGUGUUUUGGGAGAUGGGUUUUGGGAGUGAGGAGAUGUGGGAGUUGAUGGGGAGGAAUAGGGAAGUUUUUAUGGAGUGUUGUGAGGAGGAUUUGGUGAGGAUGAGUGGGUUUUUUUGUGGGUUUGGUGUUGGGAGAGAGGAAGCUGCUGUUUUGAUUCUGCGGAAUCCGGAGGUUUUGAGUUUUGAUUUGGAGAAGGUUGUGAUUUCGGUUAAGGGGAUGCUUAUGCAUUUGGGGUUGAGUGAGGAUGAAGUUGAUGAUGUUGCUUUGAAGUAUCCUUACGUUUUUGGGAGAAAUAAGAUGAAGAAUUUGCCUCAUGUGGUUAGAGCGUUAGGUAUACAUGAAAGGGUAUUCAAUAAGUUGAAGAGUGGGACUUAUCAUUUACUCAGUAGCUAUUCUUUGGUUGAUCCGGAGGAAGAUGUAGACAGAGAAUAUCAACAAGGACUGGAGGAGAUUCAGCACUUAAGGUGUAAAACACAUAGUUAUCAAAAACUUGAUUUCCUUCAUCAGAUAGGUUUUGGCGAAAACGGUAUAACUGUGAAGGUACUACAACACGUACACGGUACCGCCGUGGAAAUACAGGAAAGAUUCCAAAUCCUACUUGACAAUGGUAUCGAUUUCUCAAAGGCAUGUAUGUUGAUAAGAUCAUCACCAAAGAGUUUGAACCAGAAACCGCAUAGUAUACAAGAGAAGAUUAGGUUCCUUUGUGAAGAAAUGGGAGAUUCUUUGGCAUGCCUUGAUGUUUAUCCAGCGUUUCUCUGUUUUGACCUGGAGAACAGAAUCAGUCCAAGGUUCAGAUUCCAUAAAUGGCUCGUGGAGAAAGGGUUAAGCGAGAGAAACUAUUCUAUCGCAAGCAUUGUAGCCACCAGCGAAAAGGCUUUCAUAGCUCGUCUAUAUGGGAUUCAUCCAGCAAUCCCUAAACACUAUUUCGAACGUUUCUCCUACAGAAAAGACAGAUCCACUGUAUCCUAA